AUGUUUACCAUUGAUUUACUAUCGAAUGCAAAACCAAAGAAACAGAAAAGACUAAAAGAAUCAACUAUUGUUGAGAUUAGAUCAUUUAGAGAUGAACUAUCGAAUAAACUAUUAUCAUCAUCAUCAUCAUCAUCUUUAGAUAAUCAAAACUAUUUUAUAUUUAAAAAGGAUCAUCUGUUACCAAUAACAUUAUCAUUGAAUUACUUAUUAACCAUCGAUCGAAAUGAUUAUAACAAAAACAAUAACAAUGACGAUAGUUUAGAGUUAAUCAUUCAGUUGUUGAAUAACUUGGUGAAAACUAAUGAUGAGAGCAAAUCACAAAUUAUCUUUUCAUAUCUUUUUAAACAUACUGAUUUCUAUUAUAAUAAUAUUAAAGAAAAAGAAGAUAAUAACAUAGAUAAUAAUAUAAAUAAUAGCAAUAAUAGUGGUGAAUUAGAUUAUUUGGGCAAUGGUGAUAUCGAUAAUGACGACAAACAGCUAUCACAGUAUAAUAUUGAAUCAUUACAACUGUUAGAAUCACUUAUACAUUCUAUUAUCAAAUCAAAUGAACAACAACAACAACAACAACAACAACAACAAGAAUCAACUAUAAAAUCAUUAUUCACAAUAUUAUAUAAAUGUUUUAUAUCAUCUAUAUUAUCAACAAAAUCAUUUACAAAUAAUAUAAUCCAAUUACUUGCUAAUCAUUCAAAUAUCAUUAAAGAUGAAACAUAUAGAUUUAGAAUAACAUUUGUAGUUAUUGAUUUAUUAGUCAAUGAAUUAGAUGCAACACAAGAGAGAACUAUCUAUAUAGAACUGUUAGAGCUAUUCAAUUCAGUUGUAUUCGAACAAUGGAAGUCAUUAGAGUUAUUCAAUGGUCAAUUCUUCUAUGAUAACUUGAAAUCAUUACAAUCGAUCAUCAGUAAUCAAAAGUUUGAAAGACGUAUAUUAUAUAGUUUUAUUAAUAGCUAUAAACCAACAAUUGAUUGUAAUAGCAGUAGUAGUAGUAGUUAUAACAACAUUGUAGAAGAUAAUACAAAUAUAAGUGUACAUAAGGAUCAACAAAAGCAACAACAACAACAAUUAGAUGAUGUUAUUAGUGCUGCUCAUGGUGGAUAUGAAACAACUAGUUGUUGGACACCACCUGGUAUCAACUUUAUUAAACAUUGUGAUUUUCAAUCAAAGAUUGAUAUGUUAUCAACAUUUAAACCAUCUUUAUUAUUACUAUUAAAGUUAAAUAGUAGUAAUAGUAAUAGUUACGAUGGUCAAUGUAAAAUAUUGGAAUCACAUAUCAAUUUUCUAUUCGAUUGUAUUAUUCAAGAGAAUGAAUCGAAUCUUGUUUCAACCUUCAUAUGGAUACCGUAUCACAUCUCUUAUCUACUUCCAAAUCAACAAAAUAUUUUUAAUCAUCUUUUAACAAUUUUAGUUACUUCUUCUGCAACGAUUGAUUAUGAAUCGAUUUGGGUCAUCUAUUUCUACUUUUAUUAUUUACAUAGUAAGAUGAAUUUUAAUAUUGAAAUCAUUGAUAGAAUUGGUAGUUUAUGUUUAAAUGCAACUUUUAAUAGGAAACUGUCAAGCCAAACUUUUAAAUCAUUCAUAUCUACACUAUUUAGAAUAGUGGAUGACUUUGAGUUGGAACAACCAUUUAAACAUCUACAGCAUCUCUAUACCAAUAACUAUACUCUCAGUUUGAACAUAUCGAUUACCAAAUGUUUGAAUCAACUAUCGAACGAUGAAGAUCACCAACAAAAUGAUGAUACUCUAAAUGAAUUACAAAUCUUAUCUAUCGUUGAUAAUAGCAGUGUGAUUAAUAGUAUUGUAAAGAAUUCUAUAAAGAAUAAAGGUCAACAACAAUUCUUGGUUAGAUUGAUUGUAAGACACUUUCCUUACUUCAAAGCAAAGACACUGUUUGGCGAACUAUUUAAACAGCAGUUUAUAACGACUGACCAGACCAGAGCCAAUUGUAUUCAAUUCAUAUACUGUCUACUCUCUGAAGUCAAACUACCAUCUAUAGUUAAUCACUAUCAAGAUGCAUUAUUCCAAGAGAUCAUAUUCCCACUACUCUCAUUCGAUAACAACAACAACAACAAUACGAUUGAUCCUUCAAAGAUUACAUUUACACUUGAUUUACUAGAGUUAUUACUAUCUAAAUAUAAACUAAAAGAUAAAGAUAUUAUAUCAAAAUUGAUAGUAUCAAAGUCAAAUGAAUUAGAGUUGUCGAUAAAUGUAGAUAAAGAUAUAAAUAUAGAUUGGAUAUUACAACAAAGAAUAGAUUAUUAUAAAUCAAAAACAACAACAACAACAAUAACAUAUAAAACCAAAAUCAAUUUGAAGCUAUUACAACAAUCACAUAAUAAUCUACCAACAACAAAACAUUUCACAAAAGAGAUGAUUAUCAUACAUAAUAUCAUUGAUUUAUCAUCUAUAUCUGAAUAUCAUACAAAUGAAAUGAUAAAAGCUAUUAAUAAUGAUGAAUAUUUACAAUCAUUGUUUAGACAAUCGAAAUUAAAGCUAUUCACGAUGAUUGCCUCUAUUCAGUUACCAUAUAGUGCUGUUGGAUACUAUGAUGUUUUGGUCGAUCACUUUAUUCCUAGACUUAUCGAUUCGAAUCUAUGUGAAACAACGGUUCUUUCGUUUCUCUAUCAAUGUCUGUGUAGUAAUAUCGUUAUAUUUUCGAAUAACAUUCGAGAACAACCACCACAACACUAUCAACAACAUCAACAAUAUACAAUGCAAUUCAUCAAAUCAAUACUUAAUCAAAUCAAAAAAGUUAUAUUUCAACAUGAGAACACCUUUAACUAUUUAUUUGGAUUGCUAUAUCUAGUGAAAACAAUCAAACUUCUUGUCUAUACAAGUACCGAUACUUUUAUUGAUUUACAAAUAUUUUAUAUAUUAACAUUAGGUAUAAUUGAUAAAUUGAACAAUGACAAUGGUGAAGAUGACAACAAUAACAACGAUGAACUUAAAGAAAGUCAGAAAAAGAAGAGAUCAACUAUUUUAAAUAGUUGUCAAAAUAUAUUGAUAGAUAUAUCUAAAGACAAUGAAACAGCAACAUUAAUAUCGAUCAUUGACAAACUAAAACAUUUAUAUUUUUUGAUUCUUUUAAUUGUUGUUGUUGCGAUAAUCAAAGAAUUUAAUAACAAGAAGUUUGCGAAUCCUAACCACAUUAAUUAA